AUGGUUCCACGAACACUCCUGGCCACGGCCGCUAUGGUCGCUGGCGUUCUGGGUCAGCAAUCCACCACAUACACCGAUGCGAGCUCCGGCAUCAAGUUCUCAUACUACGAGAAGACUGGCUGGGGUUUCGGUCUGGCUCUUCCCGAGAACCCUGAGGCCGGCGGCGACUUCAUCGGUAUCCUGCAGUCCAACACCCUCGAUGGCUAUGCUGCUGUCUCCCUGGGUGGACCCAUGGCCAACUCCCUGCUCGUGUGCGCGUGGGCCGAUGGCGACAAGAUGGUUGGCUCGCUGCGCAAGGCUACAGGUUACACCAACCCCAGCCCUGUCACAGACUCCUCCAUGGGAAUGUACGAGAUCUCCACGGGUACCGCCAUCAACUCCACAGGCUGGCAAUACACCUUCCUUUGCAAGGGCUGUAUCACCAACGACACUGCCUCCUUCACCAUCGAUGAGGAGGCCGAUGUCUUCGGUUACGCUCUGUCAAAGACUGCCCUGACCGACACCAGCGACUCUGCCGCAACCCUCAACUACCACGGUGCUGCGUUCGGUGAGUACAGCCACAGCCUGACUGACGCCAAGUCUGCCGACUACGCGACCUGGGCUGCUCUGGCCUCCACGACCGCAAGCGGUUCAACAACUGGCGGUGCGAGCAACUCCACCACAGGCGGCAGCGCUCAGAACGUCACCACAACCACCAGCAACGCCACAUACGACUACAUUGUUGCCGGUGGCGGUGCUGCCGGUCUGGUUGUUUCCCAGCGUCUGGUUGAGUCUGGCGCCUCUGUCCUCCUCCUUGAGCGCGGUGGAGCCUCUACCUACUCGACCGGUGGUGACGCUACCGUCUCCUACAACGAUACCAUCACCCAGUACGAUGUUCCCGCCAUGGCUUACUACCUCAGCACUGCCAGUGACACCUCUGAGUACUGCCUUGAUACCGGCUCCAUGGCCGGCUGCAUUCUCGGUGGUUCCACCAUGAUCAACGCCUUGAUGUUCGUGAAGCCCGCGGCACACGACUUCGACGACAAGUGGCCCACGGGCUGGAAGUGGUCCGACGUCUCAUCGUCCGCUGAUUCCUUCUACGAGCGCUCCCCCGGAUACAUUCUUGAGAACGGCACUGGUGUCGACCAGGGCGCCUGGACUGUCAUGAGCAGCUUCCUCGAGAAGCAGGGCUGGUCGCAGACCAACGCACUCGAGAGCCCCAACGACAAGGAGCAAGUCUUCUCUCACCCUCCCUGGUUGAUUCAAGACGGUCUCCGUGGCGGCCCUAUCCGCUCGUACCUUCCCCUUGCCCAGGCCAAGAACAACUUCAAGCUGUCCCUGAACACCAAGCUAGUCCGUGUCAUCCGCGAGGGCUCCGCUGCCACCGGUGUCGAGGUUGAGCUGUCCAACGGCAACCGCCAGAUCAUCAACCUUACCUCCGGCGGCAAGGUCGUCCUGGCUGGUGGUGCUCUGUCCACUCCCCGUAUGCUCAUCAACUCUGGCAUCGGCCCCAAGGCGCAGAUCCAGACCGUCAAGAGCGGCUCCGUCAAGGUUACCCUGCCCGACGAGGCUGACUGGAUCGAGCUGCCCGUCGGUGAGAACCUGCAGGACCACCCCAUCUUCACCGUCAGCCUCCACGUCAAGGACGGUCUGACUGCUCUGCCGACCACUGCCUUCACUUCCCCCAACGACACUACCGUCACUGAGUUCAACGACAAGUCUGCUGGUCUUCUCGCUCAGGCUGGCCAGCGUAUCAACAUCUGGACCACCGUUGAGUCUGACGACAAGGAGACCUACUACGUCCAGGGCACCAUCAACGCCCCCUCCGCCAACACCGUCAAGGUCAAGGUCUACCUGACGCACGGCAUCACCUCCACCGGUGUCCUCGGCGUCACCUCGUCGGGCGCGACUGAGAUCACCACGCAGCCCUACCUGACCACGACCGGCGACAAGAGCGCCAUCACCAACUUCAUGAACCAGCUCAUCACGAUGGUCAACACGGCCGACUCGCCCUUCACGCUCAACUCGACGGCCGCGGCGCUCAUCGCCGAGGACAACAUGACGACGGGCUCGCACUUCGUCGGCACCGCCCGCAUGGGCGCCACCAACGACGGCAACUCGGUCGUCGACACCAACACCAAGGUCUGGGGCACCGACAACAUCUACGUCGUCGACGCCUCCAUGCACCCCGACCUGCCCACCGGCAACACACAGGCCAUCGUCAUGGUCGCCGCCGAGCACGCCGCCAAGGCCAUCCUCGCCGACACCACCGGCGCCUCCACCUCCACCAACGCCAGCUCCGGCUCGUCCACCUCGACUGGCAGCUCUGCCUCCUCUUCUAGCAGCUCCAGCCCCUCCACCGGCAGCUCUGGCUCCAACUGCAAGAGGAGACGCGCUGCCAGGAAGCUGUAA